GCCUGCCACAAAGCCGUGUAAUUGUUCUGUAGUUUUCUCACUGCUGCUGGAAAGAAAAAGAGCUGCUCAUUUUGACACGGCAAAGAAAAAGCUUUAAAUAUUAAUACGCUUUUUGAGAGAUGUUUGGACAGAUAUCAGACACGAUUCUCAAAGGUGCUUAUAUUCAAAUUUCAGAAUGUGGAAAGAGAAGACGACGAGGAUAGUAAAAGUAGAAAAACAUGAGCCAGACACUUGUCCGAUGAUUGUGGGUAAAGUAGAGAAAUCAACUCCCAGGACGACAACUGUGAAGUCAAAGGAGAAGCCUGAAGUUACCACAUCACACAGCAAAUGUCUCACUACUACAUGUGAGACAUCAGGCAAUAUAAUGAGGCUUUGGGUCAACUUGAUGCCUGUUUUGGCAGCAGCCAAGGAGCCCGUGGAGGAAGAAGAGGAGCACAACAGCUGUACAAGUGAGAAGGAACCAGAAACCAGCAGCAAAAACGACCAAUCAGUGGAGCAAAGACUCGACUCUUACACAGGAUUAAAUUUGAACCCGGACUCCAAACAAACUCUAAAUCCUUGGUUUGUGCUGCCACCUAUAACUGAACCUAAACCAGCUCCUGAGACUAAGCAUUGCCACACAUCUCUACCUCCCACCAGGUUAUCUGAGAAAAGUAGGCCCAUCUCUUCAAACUUCACAAUUAAAGGCUGUGGAGGCGAGGAAUUAGUUACGUGCAAGGUGCCAGACAGCAGGCCUUGGAUAGAGGAUCCCCUGUUCUCUAGAAGUAGAUCUGCUGAGUUUCGUCUUCCUGACAUCUCCUUGUCCAGUCUGGACGCCCUGCUGCAGACAGUCACACAGAAACUAGGGAGGAAGAGGAGAGGUGGUUGUGAAGGACCGUGGAGACAUGUCCAUUCUGAUCGUCUCCUUGCGGCUGUUCGUGAACAACAUUUGAGAGAGACGAGUGUUGGGCAACAAAUUGGCCGCUGCACAGAUAAUGGAAACCUGGCCGACAUUGAAGCAGCACCUGUAACAUCAGCAGGUGGACGCAGUGUAAACAGACAGAGGGGCCUCCCCCCACCCAUCCUCACUAUGGCAAAGAAAAACCUCCAGACUUCCAACACACUGCAGUAAUUCACCACAAACAACAAACUGGACUCACAACACACA